AUGGUCGCUGCAUCCGUCGCGUCGACCUCCACCCCCGCCGCGUACUCGUCCUUGGCUCCGAACCCGACAGCGCGUGACCCGGUUAGGACUAGGAGGCGCACUACUCAUCCACUUGUGGCAGCCACCAAUCGCCACGUGCACGGCCGCACUGUGACCAGUCUCCGCCAGAUUCACCCUCGCGACCACUUUGCGAACCCUCCGCGGCCCGUAUUCGUGGCGUCGGCGGCGGAAGCGGAAGAGAUGGCCGCGGAGGCGAGUACUCCGGCGCCGGCCGAGGCCAGCGCGAAGCCCUUCGCCGUCCUCUUCGUCUGCCUCGGGAACAUUUGUAGGAGUCCUGCAGCUGAAGCCGUCUUCCGGAACCUCGUCAGCAAGCGCGGACUUGAGUCCAAGUUUCAGAUAGACUCUGCUGGUACCAUAGGUUAUCAUGAGGGAGAUAAGGCCGACUCAAGGAUGAUAUCAACUUCCAAGAAGCGGGGGAUUGAGGUGACCUCAAUAUCCAGGCCUAUCAAACCCUCAGAUUUCCGAAAUUUUGAUCUUAUCCUUGCAAUGGACAGGCAGAAUUAUGAAGACAUUUUGAGCUCAUUUGACAGAUGGCAACACAAGGAGACUCUCCCAGAUAGUGGACCCAAGAAGGUUAAGCUGAUGUGCUCCUAUUGCAAGCGGCAUACGGAGUCUGAAGUUCCAGAUCCUUACUAUGGAGGCGCUAAGGGAUUUGAAAAGCAGGUACUGGAUCUGCUGGAAGAUGCAUGCGAGUCAUUACUUGACAGCAUCGUGGCGGAGAAAGAAAACGUUUCUGCUUGA